AACGGAUCGGAUUGGAUCGUUUUGGCAUCCCAUCAACGGAUCGAGCAUGACGGAGAUCUCGGCCCAAUGGAUUCCCUUGGGUUCGUUCACCUUCACUCGCUCCGACAUCUACUCCUCAGCCUGGUGUGAAUCCAUGGUGGGCGUCGAACACCUGGUGGGCGGAGCCUGGGGUGGGCCCAUUCUGACGCUAGCCGAGGGCUUUGUCCACGUCUUCCGAGCCUCGGGGGGUGAAUUGGCCCAUUGGAAAUGGAAGAACGGCCGCGUCAUAGCCAUGGGCUGGUCCAACCGUCAGGAAGCCGUUCUCGUCACCGAAGACGGAUCCGUGUUCGUGUUCUCCAUCUUGGGCGAAUUGACGAGCGCCUUCACCAUGGGACCCGAGGCCAAAGACCUCAAGAUCACGAGCGCACGUGUCUUCAAUACGGCCUUUGGAACGGGCAUCGCCGUGCUCACCACGGCCAAACGUUUCUUUGUGGUGAAUAACAUCGUGGAACCCAGAGUUAGGAAGAUGGUGGAUCUGGAUCUGUCCACGGAGGUUCAACCUCGAGCUUGGAGCGUGUUGACCGAUGAUCGACAAGCUCGCAUUCUCGUGGCCCAUGGCAGUGAGGUGCGGGUCAUAUCACCCAAUGAACAAUUUGUGGCGGCAUGUACUACGGAUGCCGUGCCUAAAGGUAAUGUGCAACAAAUCGCCGUCAGCGUGAGUGGCGAGCAAUUCGCCGUGUCCUUUGAGGAUGGCCGAUUGUGGUUGGGCACCUUGGAAACCAAGUUCUGUCAUGCCCAGAUGACGAAGGCAGCGAUGGGUGGGAUGGACAUUGUUUGGUGCGCCGACAAAGCCGUCAUAGGUUUUGAUAAAAAUGCUGUCAUGUGUCAUUUAGUCACGAUUGAAGGCCAGCAAGAGGACUUGUUUCUGACUAACUACCUGACGGCCGUGCCCGAACUCGACGGUAUCCGGGUGAUGAGCUUGAGCGGGCAAGAAUUUAUCCACCAAGUCCCCGAUCCGCUGCUAGACACCUUCAGCAUCGGCAGUGUAGGUCCGGGCGCCAUGCUCCGUUUGGCUACGGACGAAUUCUAUCAUCGAAGUCACAAGGCCAACGAUUACGUCAAAUUGGUCGAAGCCCAAUUGGAAGAGGCCGUUUUGAAUUGCAUCGAGUGUGCCACGUACCUGUUCGACCCUUUGCUCCAAAAGGAAAUGCUCCGUGCGGCGCAGUUCGGGAAAUCGUUCCUGAAAGGGGCCAGUUCCACCUCAGAUAAAUUCACUCAUAUGUGCGUCACUUUGCGGGUGCUCAAUGCUCUGAGAAACUACAAGGUGGGAAUCCCAUUGACAAUUGACCAGUAUAAUCAUUUAACUCCCGAAGUCGUGAUUGAUCGCUUGUUGUCCCAAAGGCUUUAUGCGCUGGCUUUUCAACUCUGCAAUGCCCUCAAACUACCCCAGCAUUUAGGCGAAUGUCGGGUCCUAGCCCAUUGGGCUUGUUAUAAAGUAAGCAAAGAUGGCGAAGAGGAUAACCAAGUGGCUCGAGAUAUCAGCCAACGAUUGGGCAGCCAAUCCCAGAUUUCAUACUGUGAUAUUGCAGCCAAAGCCGCUGAAAGUGGCAAGAAGGAAUUGGCCGUCAAACUUUUGGAGCAUGAGACCCGGAUCAGCAAACAAGUCCCAUUAUUGGUCAAGUUGGGCAAAGAGUCCACGGCUCUUAUGAAAGCCUUAAACAGUGGUAAUCGCGACUUGGCCUUCACGGUUAUUCUGCAUGUCCGUCGAACUCUGGAUUCGGCCCGGUUUAGUUUUCUCAUUCGAAAAUUCCCAUUGGCUAAAGUUCUUUACGUUGGUUUUUGUGCCGAUAACGAUCCUGAGGCUCUGGAGGAGUGGUUUAUCCAAGAGGACGAUUUUACGUCCUUGGCUCAGUUCUCGUUCAAGCGAGCUUACGAUUCUGGAACGAUGGAUCAACGAUUAUCCCAUCUACAUAAUGCCGUAGAAAAUUGGAGAAAGUGCAAGAUGGAGGGAUACGCCAACAUGGCUGAAGAAAACCAAAAGCUUUUGAAGCAGCAGAGCGUUCUCGAGGACAAGGUUCAACAGACGCUAGUAGGGAAAACGUUAAAUCAAACAAUUUUCGAUUUAUUGACGUCCAACGAGACGAAGCUGGCCGAUAAGUUGCGGAAUGAUUUCAAGAUGAGUGACAAACGAUACAUGUUCUUCCGCGUCAAAGCAUUAGCCAAAACUCAGAAAUGGCCUGAAAUCAAGAAACUGGCCAAACAGAAGCGACAGCCUCUAUCCACUGUUUCCAUCGUUCGGUUAGUUCGAGAAUUCGGUGGUGACGCCCAAGCAAAAGAGUUCCUGAACGACGAAUUUCUCAGUCCAAAUGAACGCUUUGAUACCUACGCCGAAUUUGGCAUGUUUUUUGAAGCUGCCCAAGCUGCCUUUGUUGCUAAAAGCUUGGAAUCCUUGAAUGCGUUGGAAACCAUGUCCAUGGGUCGAGACGACGUGAUUCGAGCCAUUUCCAACUUCAAAACUCGUCUUUUGACAAAGUGAGUAGAAAAUAUGCUUCUUGUCGUCGAUAUGUGUGUGUGUGUGUCUAAUAUUCGAGAUCAGUUACUGAGACAAUAAAUGAUUACGUACA